GACAGAGCUCGGAUUCUUCAGCCUACUGCUUUAACCGAGAAACUGAUAGUAUUGUGAAUCAGUCAUUCUUUUAGGGUUAUUUAUGUGCCUUUGCUUUUAUUGACCCUAUGCCUAGGGAUUUCUAGGCACUUCACAGAUAUAUAAAUAUCUUUUUUUGCGCACAUUUUAACAUAUUGACCAGUACUCUGCGGUGCCACUGUUGUCUUCGCUGUAGAUUCCAGUCGAUUUAGCUAAAGCAAGGAUUUUUUAUUUAUUUUUUGCAUCGGGUUUGUGUCUGGAUACGGCGACACAGAAAUGAAGACUUGUAUCCUGGUGGCAGUCCUGCUGCAGAAUUUCGGAUGGCUAGGUUCGGGACAAGCUUCUCGGCUCAAAUCCGCUGCGUUGCCAAUUCAACCGGAGCUGGAGCCUCAACCGUCGAAAGGAAUGUCAGGCUGCUCAUUCGGAGGAAAGUUUUAUGCACCUGAAGACACUUGGCACCCGGACCUAGGAGAGCCGUUCGGGGUGAUGCACUGUGUGGUGUGUCACUGUGAAUCGCAAAGGAAUCGCCGUGGAAAGGUGUUUGGAAAGGUGAGCUGUAAGAACAUCAAACACGACUGCCCCGAACCACCCUGCAGUGACCCCGUUCUACUGCCUGGGCAUUGCUGCAGGUCCUGCCCCAAAGCCCACUCUCAUGUUCCAGAUAAGAAAGUGGACCACAUUUUCGACGGAUUUGAGUAUUUCCAGGAGAAAGAUGACGAUCUACAUAAAACUUACAACGACCGCUCUUACCUCAGCUCCGAGGACAUUUCCCAGGAUGACAGCAGAACAGAUUUUGUGGCGCUGCUCACUGCUGCCGCUGACUCUUGGAAGUCCAGCUCCAGCGGAGUUGCCCGCGCCCGCUUCACUCUGUCGAGAUCCAGCCUGGUUUUCUCCAUCACAUUCAAAAGAAUCGGGCAUCCCAGUAGAGUUAAAUUCAUAGACAGAGAUGGAAAUAUUGUAUUUGAGUACUUUGUGCCAAGGACUGCAUCUCCAGGAAGCAAUAUGAUCUGUGGCAUCUGGAGCAAUCUUCAGAAGUCGCACAUCCGGCUGCUGAAAUCAGAACAGCUUCACGUUAGCAUGUUGACCACAGCCAAUCAGGAAGAAGAGAUCAAUGGAAAGCUCAUCAAGCACCGGGCCCUGUUUGCUGAAACCUUUAGUUCCAUAAUAACCUCUGAUGCUGAGCAUGCAGGCAUGGGCGGAAUCGCUAUGCUGACGCUGAGCGACGUGGAGAACAACCUGCACUUCAUUCUGAUGUUUGAGGGUCUGCUGGAGAGAAGGGAGAAAGAGCGCUCCAUAGUGCCCAUCCGAGUGGAGCUGCUGUACCAUCACCAUGUGCUGAGAGAAAUCCGAGCCAAUGUUACCUCACACGACCCUGACUUUGCAGAGGUGCUGACGAACCUCAAUAACCGCGAGAUGUUCUGGCUGUCUCGCGGUCAGCUGGAGAUUGCAGUGGCAACCGAGGGGAGGAAUUCCCGUCGCAUUUCAGGGUACAUCACCGGGAAGAAGUCCUGUGACACUAUCCAGAGCGUGCUGUCCAGUGGAGAUGCCCUGACACCCACAAAAACUGGAGCCGUGGGCUCUGCCACUCUCACCCUGCAUGACAAUGGAACACUGGAAUACCAGAUUCAGGUGGCCGGGGUUGCCAGCAAAGUGACUGGCGUGACCAUCGAGACAAAGCCGCGACGCAGGAGCCGACGCAGUGUGCUGUUUGACAUGACUGCUGACUACAGCGAGGGGCGCGUGGUGGGGAUGUGGGAACGCCUGAACGCCCGUGACAUCCAUAUGCUGCUGCAGAAUGAGCUGUUCCUCAACGUGGCUACUUCCGAGUACGAGGAGGGAGAGCUCCGGGGGCAAAUCAGCUCCCUGCUGUACAGCGGCCUGCAGGCCCGACUCCAAGAGCUUCCAGUCCCUCUGGCGGGUCAGUUUGUGUCCCCCCCUGUCCGCACAAGUGCGGCGGGUCACGUUUGGGUCUCGGUGGACGAGAACUGUCACCUGCACUAUGAGAUCGUGGUGUCCGGCCUCAGAAAAUCCGACGACGUCACCCUUGACGCCCACCUGCACGGCUUCGCUGAGAUCGGAGAGCUGGACGACAGCAGCCGCGAACACAAGAGACUGCUCAAGGGCUUUUAUGGGUCACAGGCCGAAGGUGUGCUGAAGGACCUCAGUAUGGAGCUUCUACGUCAUCUAGACAAGGGGACCGCCUUUAUCCAAGUCAGCACCAAGGUGAACCCCAGGGGAGAGAUCCGAGGAAGGGUCCAUGUCCCAAACAACUGUGAAUCGGGCCCCACCUCCCAGAUCGAUGAUGCACAUUUCGACUUCACCCCAUUCGAGGAGGUGAAGCUGGACCCUGAGGAGAUCAAGAAAGACCCCAGCUCCUGCUUCUUCGAGGGCCAGUUCCGUGCACACGGCUCCCGCUGGGCCCCUGACUACGACAAGAAGUGCACGGUCUGCACUUGCCAGAAGCGGACUGUGAUUUGCGAUCCCAUCAUUUGCCCUGUUCUGGACUGUGCCAAUGUUGUCCAUCUUGAAGACAGGUGCUGUCCAGUCUGUGAAGAGAAAAAACAAGAGAAAGGUGUCAAACAAACAGAAAAGUCAGGUGACCAGAUGGAAGGCUGCUACUUCGAGGGGGACAGGAAGAUACAUCCACCAGGGACCACAUGGCAUCCGUUUGUGCCUCCGUUCGGAUACAUCAAGUGUGCCGUCUGUACCUGCAAGGGAGCCACUGGAGAAGUCCACUGUGAGAAGGUGAACUGCCCUCGACUGACCUGCAGCAACCCUGUCAGACGCAGUCCCUCCGACUGCUGCAAAGAAUGCCCAGCUGAAGAGAAGGCUCCCAUUGACCUCACGGAGAUGAUGCAGGCGGAUGGGCCGCGGGCUUGUAAAUUCGGGAAGAAUUGGUACCUCAGCAACGAGAGCUGGCACCCGCAUGUUCCUCCUUUUGGAGAAAUGAAGUGCAUCACCUGCUGGUGCGACGACGGCGUUACCAAGUGCCAGAGAGAACAGUGCCCCCUAUUAACCUGCAGCAAGAUCUCCAGGAUAGAGAGCAAGUGCUGCCCUGGGUGCAAAGAUGCCUACAGUAUGGAGGAAGUGGAGCAGCUGAAGGAAGAAGAAGAAAAGAAACAGAACUGGGGCUACUGAAACUGAACAACCAGACUAACUUUUACCAACAAGACCAAGCGACGAUGUAUGCUGCUGGCUAGUACUUCCAAUUCAGACGGAGAGCGAGAAACAGCAAGACAGCGCUGCAGCACAGGGACACAAUGAAAUGGACAGCAGAAAGACACUUCUACUGGGUUUGCAAACUCCACUUUAAUACCACUGAAAAUAAUAUGAUUUGUAAAAAACAAACGACAGCCGCUAAUAUUUAAAACAAAACCCCUGGACUUUCUGGAGGGGUCAGGAGAACUUCAGUGAACAAUUAUUUAAAAUUUUAUUUGAUUUUCUUUUUCACCGUUUUGAUGACUACACAAAACGGACCUUGGAGCAGAUUAUUCAUAUUUUUUAGCAGUCUAGUCAGGACGCAACAAGAGGCACCCUUUUAUUUAUUUGAGACUUUCCACAAAGUAAAGUUCCAGAGGAGUCCACUGCAGCCCUGAGUAUGAUGCUGGAGGUACUAGAAAGGACUGUCCAGGACCUGCUGCUGGGCAUGGCAUGAGACAUGAGACAUCCUCAAGACGCAACGGCUCAUUCUGCCUUCCUUUCCAGAGCAGCUAUAGGGGCAGCGCUGGGGAUAUGAAGUGGGAUCUCCCCCUACAGGAGCUGUAAGGAUCGAACCAGGAGACCCAUUUCAUUGAAUGCAAUGUAUUCACUGAGAAGCAGCUUCUGGUUGCGCAGUAUUCAGAACCUGUUUCUUUUACCCAGCUUCCCAGAGUGUGCCCCAGGAAAGCAAGUGUCUGGACCCGACAGGGGUGGUCAUCACACACUAGUAAGCCAGGCUUUUGAGUCUUCAUCGCAGUAAACCACUCUGCUUCCCACUGCAUUCGCCGCAAACAAGCCUUGAGAAAGUCACCGAAUCACCUUCUUCUCAUAAAACACAAGGGACCUGCUGAUGUGCUAAUGAGCCCUAAUGCCUUUUAAAUAGUAUUGUAGUGCAAACUAAGUGCAGGAGAGGAGGGAAGGGGAGGGGUGUAAACACAGCUGAACAGAGAUACGCAGUAACUUUCUUGUAAUUGUUACACAAAAUAUUGAAUGUUUUCUCAGGCAUACAAAAGAAAAAGUGGAAAGAAGUACAUCAGUUAGGAGACUCAGAACCACCACCCACAAAGAGUGUCAUUAACCACAGGGGAUGUUCCAUGGCAAAUCAGCAGCUGUACACAGAAAAGAGGUCUAUGCAGGUGGUCUUUAAACAGGUCUUACUGCUUUUUCUUUUUUUUUUUACGUGCCUUAACGUUUCUUAUUUGUGCUUCGCAUGCCCUUCUCUCUCAGUAGAUUAGGGGUUGAUCAGCAUCAGUAUGUGGGAGUCCUGCAGAAUGAAAGUGAAAGGGAGGUCACUGAUGUGGCAGGUCUUGUGUGUGUGUCUGUUGUCUUUCUUAUGCGAGGGGUGGAGGGGCAGCAAUGGCAACGGCCACAUUCCUCCUGGAUUCCUCGGCCGGGGGUCCCUCCAUGAGGGGUUGGUAGUCUUUGUGCCACAGUAAAAGGAGUCCCCAUGCUGUGCAGUAAAUUGUGCAGCUCCUGUUGCCACAGGGGGUCUAGAGACCACCUGUGCUGUGGAGACAGCUAACAGGGAGCAGUGCUGCAGUUAGACCAGGACUAGUCAUAUAGUGCAGCAGUGGGGGUGUUUGCAAAUGGAAGGGCUUAUCCUCUUGGGUUAAACCAUGCAUCUCUUCGUUUUUCCUGCCUGUGGAUCACAUGUAAGUGUACCCACCUGUUUCAUUAUAAACACACUCUAACUAACUCAUUGUCUGUCUGCCUAUCGAUCUGUCUAAUUCAUUUACCAAUGUGUCUUUUUUAAACUCUGUGCACGGGUGAAUUGCUACAUGAAUAGACAGACAGACAUAGAGAUAUGAAGGUUUUAAUGAUCAGGCUUUAAUGAUUGACGUUGAUAUAGAGCUCACUGGCUUACAGCAGAUCUACAGGUCUUAUAUAAUGUAGUCCAGUUCCUCUUACUCACUGUAGGGAUGAGCAGUACUGUACAAUACCAGCUCAUGACUCACUGUAGGGAUGAGCAGUACUGUACAAUGCCAGCUCAUGACUCACUGUAGGGAUGAGCAGUACUGUACAAUGCCAGCUCAUGACUCACUGU